AUGUUCCCACCUACUGGUCCAUGGAGUCUGAUGUCAAAGGCAGGAAGUACUGUUUACGUCGCCGGCAUGCGCGGCAUUUACCCAUCUAACAAUACCCUUGCUCCGGUGGGUAUUGACCGGAUCCGCCAAGCUUACGCCAACAUGAUCCAACUUGCCGAGCUUGCUGGCACUGAUCGGUUCUCGGCAGUACGUCUUGUUGUGUAUGUGACCGAUAUGUAUCGGUAUAGGCCUCUGUGCAAUCAGGCACAGACGGAGCUUUGGGGGAACGACCCCAAUAGACAACCCCCUCGGUCGAUCAUUGAAGUCCAGAGACUGAACGACGAUGAUAUUGUAGAGGUGGAAGGGACUUUCCUGGUUGCCUGA